UGUGAGUUUUUACCGUUGGCAUUCGGUUCAAUAGUGAAACAGAUAUAAAAGAUCUACGUUAAAGAAUCGUAGACAUUUCAAUCAUCAUGACGGCCAACUCAGAUGCGACGAGCACUGAACUCGCCCCGGCAUCGCCGACUAAACACAACGCAAUACUAGGAUGGAAACGCGUAACAAAUCCAAGCGGUCCACAGCCGAGACCCCGUCAUGGUCACCGGUCGGUAAAUAUUAAGGAACUGAUGGUAGUUUUCGGCGGUGGAAAUGAAGGAAUCGUUGAUGAACUUCACGUCUACAACACGGCCACGAACCAAUGGUACGUACCAGCGACAAAAGGAGACGUUCCGCCUGGUUGUGCUGCCUACGGAUUCGUCGUCGAUGGUACGCGAAUUUUAGUAUUCGGCGGAAUGGUAGAGUACGGAAAGUACUCGAAUGAGUUGUAUGAGCUACAAGCCACAAAAUGGGAGUGGAAGAAAUUGAGACCCAAACCUCCAGAAUCUGGCCCUCCGCCCUGUCGUCGUUUGGGGCAUAGCUUCACACUUGUUGGGGAUAAAAUAUAUUUAUUUGGAGGUUUGGCGAACGAAAGCGACGAUCCAAAAAAUAAUAUCCCCAAGUAUCUGAAUGAUCUGUACAUUUUGGAAAUAAAAAAUAAUCAACUGCAAUGGGAAAUACCGACGACGUUCGGUGAAAGUCCACCACCGCGCGAAUCACAUACAGCAGUUUCAUGGUACGACAAAAAACAUAAAAAGUUUUGGCUCGUAAUCUAUGGCGGUAUGUCUGGAUGUCGGCUCGGAGAUCUGUGGCUGCUAGAUACGGAUACCAUGUCCUGGACGCGUCCUCGCACAAGUGGACCGCUACCAUUGCCGCGGUCUCUGCACAGUUCAACGCUAAUUGGUAACAGAAUGUACGUGUUUGGCGGAUGGGUUCCGCUAGUGCUGGAGGACGUGAAGGUGGAAAAACACGAAAAGGAAUGGAAGUGUACGAAUACGCUUGCAUGCUUGAAUCUCGAAACAAUGACUUGGGAAGAACUUGAUCUGGAUACUGACGAGGAGAACAUGCCACGUGCUCGUGCCGGCCACUGUGCCGUCGGUAUACAUACCCGCCUUUACAUAUGGUCGGGUCGCGACGGUUACAGAAAGGCCUGGAACAACCAGGUCAGGGUGUGUUGUAAGGAUCUUUGGUACUUGGAAGUAGAACGUCCUGCCGCUGCAUCUCGCGUGCAAUUGGUACGCGCAUCAACGCAAUCACUUGAAGUGUGCUGGCAGGCUGUACCUUCGGCUUCAUAUUACAUCCUCGAGGUUCAGAAGAUUCCACUUGCUCCACCACCACCUCCUGCUGCUGCAUCACCGGCUGCUCAGAAUGCCAUUACACCGAUUGUUGCUGCAUCGGCACCCAUUGGCUCGCCAGCAUCCAGUGCCGGAUCUAUGUCUCCAGCACAAUUGGCUAGCAACAGCAACAUGGUCACAACCUCCGGUGAUCCAAUGCUUCAGCAACCAAUUAUCAAACAGUUGCCCGGCCGAGUGUCUGGAACACCAACAGCAAUUACCGUAUCUGCAGCUAGUAUUCAGUCGCCUGUCUUACAGAAUACAGUGGUAGCCCAACCAACAAUUGCAAGUCCGAUUUUAAAUGCCAGUGGAAUGCAGUCCCCAACGAAUAACACCGUCGGUAUCGUAUCGUCUCCGAUACACACCGUAACUUCUCCUGUUCAGCGAAUCGUUACUAAAGUCCAACCAACUAAGACAAUGCAAACGACUCAGAAAGUGCUCACCACUGGCUCCCAGAUGUUGCAACCGCAACCGGCGCAGAUCAUCACGUCUUCGCAAGCACAGACGAUCCAAACAGCUAUUGUUCAAACUUCGCAAGCACAGCUAGCGCAGCUACAGCAGCAACCGCAAACAAUCCGUGUUGUGGCCACCGGUGGGACAGCAAUCUCGAACGCUCAGCAGCUAACAACCGGCGCAGGCACACCGAUACGAGUCCUGUCCUCUGGACAACAGUUGCGUAUCGGUACGGCCAGUGCCGGUACAAUGCAUCAGGGUGGGCAAACCGCUGUCCUGCGUACCGCUGGCCCUGGUAUUGUCUCUGGAACGCAAUUGCAAACUGUUCAGCAGCGAAUUGUUAGCGCUGGUUCAGGGAACACCUCUACGACGGCAACUAUCGGUGGCAAGCAGAUUAUUCUUCAAAAACCAGUAACCAUCGUUAGUGGUACGGCAGGCGGGGCCGGAACUGCAUCCAUCAACAAUGCCACCGCCAAUCAGGGUCAAAUUUUGACGCUUGUUAAAACGAGCCAAGGUGUGACGAUGCAAACCGUACCAAAAAUGAGCGUAGUUCAGAAGACUACUGGCGUAGCGGGAACUAUACAUCAGCCACAGCAACAGAUUAUUACGUCAAAUCUUAUUGCUGGUGCGGGCGGCACCGUUGUGCAGCAGGCAACUGUAGGGGGAGCUGCUGCAGGAGGCCAGAAGACUACGGUCAUUGGUGGAAACGUGGUCAAGUUGAUGUCUACCGGAGCAGGAACGAUUGGAGGAAAGCAAAUAUUGAUGAAAAAUCCCAACAUUGUUCAGGUCGGCAAGGUGGGCACAAACGCGACCGGCAAACCGACAUUAGUGCUCACUAACAAAGCUGGCCAAACUAUACGAGGCAACCAGCAGGUGAUUGUCGUGACGACACCACAAGGAAUUCGAACUGUUAGUGGCACUGUCACUUCGUCAGCUAACAAUUUUGUUACACUCUCAUCGUCGCAAGUUAUGAAUACCAUUUCCACCACACGAGCCACCAAUAUUGGUGGAGCUACAGUUUUACAGGCUACUUCAGUUCCGUCGGCCAGUGGAACUACUUCCGUCGCCGGCAUCAAUGCUGGUGCAGGUAAUAUAGUUACGGCCUCGGCAGUGGCAACGGGCGGUACGACUACCAUCGGUGGACAGGCAAUAAAACUGCGCACAGUGCAAGGAGGUAAACCGAUUACGUUUACUAUGCCUGUUGGAGGUCUACAGGCUGGAGGACAGAAGAUCACCGGUACACAAAUCAUCAACAUGCCACAAAAGCUUGUAAGCGGAAAAUCUGUGACGGUGCAACUGACACCAUCUGCGGGUGGUCAGAAAACGGUGACCCUUGUUCCAUCGGGUGCUACCGGGGCAACGGCAACAUCUGCCACGGUGACAGGACAAGUAGGCGGUCAAAAAAUAUUGAUGCUACCUUCGAAAACUACGACUCGAAUCGUCACCCAGCAACAGUACCAACAGAUUCAGCUCCAACAACAGCAGAUGCAAGCCGCUCAAUUGCAGCAACAACUCCAACAGCAACAGCAGCAACAACAGCAAGAGCAGCAGCAGGUAUCCACUGAUGCUGCCUUUGCCGCGCUGGCUGCUGAAGCGGGCAUGAUGGAAACGGAUGGUGAAGGUAUCGAGCAAAUGGAUGGUUGCUUUGAUUUGGAACAGAAUGUCGAUAGCGAUGACGAAGACGUCGGUGACUUCCUAGACAUAAAUGGUUGCUGUGUGGAGGAGCACAAUGAGACUGCGGAAAUUGAAACCACGAGUGAAAUGGAAAGCACCAGCGUCUGGCCAAUGCUAUUCAUAGAGCAGCUUGAUGGUUGUGACGAUGGUGACUAUACUGAGAGCGACAAUGAAGAUGAAAUUCCCGUGCGCAAGAACUCCAUUCGCUACGUAAAGCCGGGUUUGUAUGGUGGAGCCAUGGUGGCGCUCACGAAUGACGGUGUCACUGGAGAGGAAGAUAGCGAUUCUCAAACUGACAACCAAGAACUUCAACAGCAACAACAAGAUGGUGACGAAGCUGGUGAACAAGCUGGCGAUUUGAGUAAUGAAAACGUCUUGAUGGAGGUAAACGAUGAGCACGAAGAACGAGAUGAGCUGGAAGAAGGACAUUUAGAUGAAGGCACAGUUGGUGGCACUUCAGAAACCGGCGCGAUGCUCGUAUCCGCUGACGAGGAAGAGGGAAGUUUCAUCGAAGAGGGCCAAGAGCAAGACGAAAUUGGCGGUGAUAUCGAUGACAACGUUGAAGAAGAGCUCGAAGAAAACGUUAAUGCUAAUACCACCGGAGAGGAAGACAUGGACGACGCAGAAAGACAUCCCCUCGGUACUCUGUUGGAUGGACAAUCCAUGACCGACGCUGCUGGUCAGCAGCAGCAAGAAGAGAUGUCUUUCGGUGAGCAGGACGAAAUGCAUGCAACUUUACAACACCAUGGCCCUGAAUCUUCCGCAGACGCUGAUGGAGAGGAAACGGCCGGGGAAGGAGUACCCGUAGCGGCUCUUCCACAUGUACCCAAAACAACGGUCGUCAGUGCUCCGACGGCAUCGGAAACCGAAGCGGCCAACAUUCUCACGACAAUUAAGAGUGGCGAAAUAUUGUCUCUACAUAAUGCGGAACUCUUGGCUAGCGGAAGCGCUGGAACUGACAGCGAGAACAUGAUUCAGCUUAGCUCGAGCGCGUCCACAUUGUUGCAGUCGGCAGCAAGUGAAAAUGGUCAAUCAAUAACGUUCAAAACGGAAGCCAGCGACAGUAACGGAGGAGGAGGCUCUGUGACAGCGGUAAAUGAUGGCGGCACGGUGACGUUCAGUGAUGGUACCGCAUUCGUGACACGUAUUCAGUCACCUGCUGAUCAGCCAGCAGAGGGACUAAUGUCCCAAACGCACGCUUCUACCACGAGCAGUCUUGGUGUGACUAGUGCCAUCGUAAAGACAGAGGACGAAAACAAAGCGUCAGCCACUACUGGUCACUUGGACGCAUUGGCGGAAGCGGCAGCAUCGGCAACAUCCGUUUUACCGUCUGAUUUGAUGAAUACCAAUGCGCUGAUGGGUGAUAUUCUGUCGUCUCCCACGUCUACCGUAUCUCAAACGCAACAAGCGUCGUCGAUGAAAUUCUUGGAUUCGAAACAUUUUUCGCAGGUCGGUGGAACGGCCACUGCACUUCUAUCGGGUGGAGAUGGAAAUGCUCCUGCUUCAUCCGCUGGAGGUACCGUGAACAAUGGCAAUAAUAUGGCACACUCGGGCAAACAAAUCGUUGGAAAAGUUGCUGUCCGAGCUAGCUCCGGUGUCAAGGCGAAAGAUGACAAAGAUGAGAAACUAUGCAAGCCGAAAGAUGAGUCGGAAAUCUGGCACACGGUUGGCAUUUUCAAGACAGUCAGUCACACCAUAUCGAACUACAUCGAUGCCAGCGAAUGGGAUAGUUCGAUCGAUGGUGAGCUGCUUACCGCGGAUAGCGUACCCGAUUUGUCCGAAUUGAAGCGAAUAAAUCUCGAGCCCGGCUGUGCCUACCGUUUUCGAGUGGCCGCCAUCAAUAGCUGUGGUCGUGGAGAAUGGAGUGAUGCCACUCCGUUCAAGACGUGCCUGCCAGGAUAUCCGGGGGCACCAUCUGCUAUAAAGAUUUCCAAGUCCCCGGAUGGUGCGCAUCUAUCUUGGGAACCUCCGUCUUCGACCACGGGCGACAUACUGGAGUACUCGGUAUAUUUGGCGAUCAAAUCACAAAACGCUGUCAAGGAUAAGACGGCGACGACGUCAGCAGCUCAGCUAGCCUUCGUCCGUGUGUACUGCGGGUCCAACAAUCAGUGCACUGUGGCAAACCAAUCCCUACAGACAGCGCAUGUCGAUUUCACCUCAAAACCGGCCAUAAUCUUCCGCAUCGCAGCCCGUAACGAUAAGGGAUACGGACCAGCUACCCAGGUUAGGUGGUUGCAAGAUCCUCAGCUAUCAAAGGCCUCAGCUAUUGCCAGCGCAACCGGAGGAGGAGCUCAGUCUGCGAUUGUGGGAAAGCGAUUGAACGAAAAGGCAGUGGUUGGCGGCGGUGUAAAUAAGCGAGCCAAAAUCGGCCUGGCAUCCACGGGAACGAAUGCUGCUACAAUGAUGAUCUCGUCCCAACAUCACCAUUAA